GAGAGGGAGGGGCGGAGGGUGACGAGCGUGAGGAGGGAUGGGACAGCUUUUGGUCCAGACGUACGUGUGAUUACCAGCCCUGUCAAAAAUAGAAGACCGGAGGAGUGAGAGGUGUCUGGGGCGAUAACGGCGAUGAAACGGCAGGACCCAGACAUGGAUGUGAAGGGCGAAACGGAAAUGUUGGCCUCCGGCAGACAUGAAAAAAAUGGAAAUUUAAGCCCCCCCAGUGACAGUAAGAAGGAUGGAAAGGAUAAGAAAGAAAAACCAGAAAAAGAGCCCGUGGUCGGUCCCCUUUCUGUGUUCAGGUUUGCAGACAGCUGGGACAUUUUGCUGAUGGUUAUAGGGACACUGAUGGCCAUGGUCCACGGGGUAGUGCUUCCCCUCAUGUGUCUUGUGUUUGGAGACAUGACUGACAGUUUUGUACAGGACACCGCGGUGUUGAGGAUGAAUGGAAGCAACCCCAAUUUCACCUUUGUAAGCACCCUGCAAAAGGAUAUGCAAGGCUUUGCCAUCUACUACUCCAUCAUGGGGUUCGUCGUGCUGCUGGCAGCCUACAUGCAGGUGUCUUUCUGGACCCUGGCAGCUGGGCGGCAGGUCAAACGUAUCCGCAAGUUGUUUUUCCACCGCAUCAUGCAUCAGGAAAUCGGCUGGUUUGAUGUCACUGAAACAGGAGAGCUCAACACACGUCUCACAGAUGAUGUCUACAAGAUUCAGGAAGGUAUUGGUGACAAGGUGGGGAUGCUUAUCCAAGCCUACACCUCCUUCUUGACAUCCUUCAUCAUCGGUUUUGCCAAAGGCUGGAAACUCACUCUCGUCAUCUUGGCUGUGAGCCCCUUGAUGGCCAUUUCAGCUGCAUGUUUCAGUAAGGUGCUGACCAGUUUUACUACUAAAGAGCAGAGUGCCUAUGCUAAAGCUGGAGCUGUGGCAGAAGAGGUGCUCUCUGCUGUCAGGACGGUGUUUGCCUUCAGUGGUCAGAACAAAGAGAUCAAGAGGUAUGAGAAGAACUUGGAGGAAGCUAAGAAAAUGGGAAUAAAGAAGGCAACAUCUAUUAAUCUGGCCCUAGGCAUCACCUUCAUGUUGAUCUACCUGUCCUACGCCCUGGCCUUCUGGUAUGGGACUACACUCAUCCUGAAGGCUGAGUACACCAUUGGAUCCUUGCUCACAGUGUUCUUUGUUGUGAUCGUUGGAGCCUACAUUGUGGGACAGACCACUCCCCACAUCCAGACCUUUGCCAGCGCCAGGGGAGCUGCACAUAAAGUCUACAGCAUUAUCGAUCGUAAACCAAACAUUGACAGCUUUUCAGAUGUCGGUUUCAAGCCUGACUAUAUCAAGGGAGAUAUAGAGUUCAAGAACAUUCACUUCAACUACCCUUCAAGGCCAGACGUCAAAAUAUUAAAUAACUUGUGCCUGAGUGUGAAGAGUGGACAGACCAUGGCCUUGGUGGGCAGCAGUGGCUGUGGAAAAAGCACCACAGUCCAGCUGCUGCAGAGGUUCUAUGAUCCGCAGGAAGGAUCUAUAUCUAUUGACGGGCACGACAUCCGUUCUCUUAACAUCCGCUACCUGAGAGAGAUGAUUGGAGUGGUGAGUCAGGAGCCCAUCCUUUUUGCCACCACCAUCGCUGAGAACAUCAGAUACGGCAGACCCGACGUGACGCAGAAGGAGAUCAUACAAGCUACCAAGGAGUCUAAUGCUUAUGACUUCAUUAUGAACCUUCCCGACAAGUUUGAGACGCUGGUUGGAGACCGAGGGACUCAGUUGAGUGGAGGACAGAAGCAGAGGAUUGCGAUUGCUCGAGCUCUAGUCCGCAACCCCAAAAUCCUUCUGCUGGAUGAAGCCACAUCUGCACUUGAUGCUGAGAGUGAGACCAUUGUGCAGGCUGCGCUUGACAAGGUCCGACAGGGUCGUACCACCAUAGUUGUCGCCCACCGCCUCUCAACCAUCAGAAAUGCUGACAUCAUCGCCGGCUUCCAGAAUGGUGAAAUUGUAGAAAUGGGAACUCACACUGAACUGAUGAAAAAACAGGGAGUGUACCAUAGUCUGGUCACUAUGCAGACCUUUCAGAAGGUCGAGGAUGAGGAGACAGAUGACGAGCUGUCUCCAGGUGAGAAGAGUCCAUUAUCUUCUACCUUCUCUCGGUCCUCUCUGUACAAGAGGAAGUCCACGAGAGGCUCCUCUUUCGCUGCCUCAGAGGGAGACAAAGAGGAGAAAGAAAAGUUUACUAAUGACGAAGACAAGACUGAAGAGGAUGAAAUAUCCCCCUUGUCGUUCUUUAAAGUGUUGCGUCUCAACGUUUCCGAGUGGCCGUAUAUUUUAUUGGGGACCAUCUGUGCCAUGAUCAAUGGAGCAAUGCAGCCCGCGUUCGCUGUCAUCUUCUCCAAGAUUAUCACUGUGUUUACCGAGAGAGAUCAAGAAAUUAUUAGGGAAAAAGCUAACUUCUUUUGCCUGAUGUUUGUUUGUAUUGGAGCUGCAUCAUUUGUCAGCAUGUUUCUACAGGGGUUCUGUUUUGGUAAAUCCGGAGAGAUUCUGACCCUGAAGUUGAGGCUCAGUGCCUUUAUGUCCAUGAUGAGACAGGACCUUGGCUGGUUUGAUGAGCCCAAAAACAGUGUUGGUGCACUCACUACGAGACUGGCCACCGACGCAGCCCAAGUACAAGGGGCUACAGGACUACGUAUGGCCAUGAUGACGCAGAACUUUGCCAACAUUGGCACCAGCAUUAUCAUCUCCUUUGUGUAUGGCUGGGAGCUCACCCUGCUCAUCCUGGCUGUUGUGCCCAUCAUUGCAGUGGCUGGAGCUAUUGAAAUGAAGUUGCUCACUGGACAUGCUGCCGAAGACAAGAAGGAGUUGGAAAAGGCUGGAAAGAUUGCUACAGAGGCUAUCGAGAAUGUCCGCACUGUCGUCUCUCUCAACAGAGAACCCAAGUUUGAAUCCUUGUAUCAGGAAAACCUCACAGUACCAUACAAGAAUGCCAAGAAAAAGGCCCAUGUGUACGGUUUCACCUUCUCCUUCUCCCAGUCCAUGAUCUACUUCGCAUAUGCAGCCUGUUUCCGCUUUGGAGCUUGGCUCAUUCAAGUAGGAAGGAUGGAUGUUGAAGCAGUAUUCCUUGUGGUUUCAGCUGUCCUGUAUGGUGCCAUGGCUCUUGGAGAGACCAACUCCUAUGCUCCAAACUACGCUAAGGCCAAAUUGUCCGCUGCCCACCUCAUGAUGCUAAUAAACAGAAAUCCCGCCAUUGAUAAUCUUUCACAGGAGGGAGAGUCACCGGAGAAUUUUGAUGGUAACUUGAGCUUUGAGAAUGUAAAGUUUAACUAUCCUACACGCCCUGAUGUGACCAUCCUCCAAGGCCUGAAUAUAAAGGUGACAAAAGGAGAGACUCUGGCCCUGGUGGGGAGCAGCGGCUGUGGAAAGAGCACCACAAUCCAACUGCUGGAGAGGUUCUACGACCCCAGAGAGGGUAGAGUGAUGCUGGACAGUGUAAAUAUAAAAGAGCUGAACAUCCACUGGUUGAGAUCCCAGAUAGGCAUCGUGUCCCAGGAGCCUGUGCUGUUUGACUGCUCCUUGGCCGAAAACAUCGCCUAUGGAGACAACAGCCGCAUUGUUGCGAUGGAGGAGAUAGAAGCAGCUGCUAAAGCAGCCAACAUUCACAGCUUCAUUGAAAACCUGCCACAGAAGUAUGACACUCAGGCAGGUGAUAAAGGAACGCAGCUGUCUGGUGGCCAGAAGCAGCGUAUUGCCAUAGCUCGAGCCAUCCUCCGCAACCCCCAAGUGUUGCUCCUGGACGAGGCCACCUCCGCGCUCGACACAGAGAGCGAGAAGGUGGUGCAGGAGGCGUUGGACCAGGCCAGUAAGGGCAGGACGUGUAUCAUCGUGGCCCACCGUCUGUCCACCAUCCAAAACGCAGACCGUAUCGCUGUCUUCCAGGGAGGUGUGGUGGUUGAACAGGGUACACAUCAACAACUGAUGGUCAAGAAGGGAAUUUACAGCAUGUUGGUCAACAAGCAGAUGGGCUACAAGAGCGAAUAAGAGGGCAGGGAGAGGACAUGGGUGGGUGGGAAGGGUUGGGGGGGGGCGAUACAACACAGGUUGUUAUUGGUCUUGUGCCUCUUUGCAUCGAAAUAGUUCGAGGAGUUUCGGUGGAACAGUUGGUGUUUUGAAGUCUAACUUAUGCACUGCUGUUGAUUAGUUGUAACUGUUAUGGGCCUUUAGUACAGAGGAUAUUUUGACACACGGCAGUACGAAAAGCAUGUGUGUGAACAAAGAAAUGACUGGCAGAAUUCCAUUUAGUUGCUUUACUUGUUGCCUCACGCCUUACUGUGACACUCGAGUGUUAGUGGCACCACUUGUUGUGCUUAUCUGGCUGCGACACAUCAAAAUGUCUGCUGUAAAGGAAAAGGGGGAAAAAAAGCCCCACGUUCCCUCUGAUGUUUACUUUCUUCUUCAUUGGGUUUGAAAAGGUCCAUUCAAGUUCAUGCCCUGCACACUGGGACACAUGAUUAUGUCUUGUUGUUGAUUUCUGGUGCCACCUUCUGUUAACCUCAAAAUAUUUGUUUUAAAUGUAGUGAUUUAUCAUGUUUCACACGGCCUGAAAUCACUGGGUUCAUCAUUACAAAGGGUUGUAUUUGGUAAUAUCUCGUAAUUUAUUGUUAUAGUGCAGUCUGUUCUCCGUGUUCUGCUUUAUCAAUUAAUAACUGAGCAAAGUGCCUGAACCGUUACUGUAUACACAGGGCUGUGCUGAUUUGAAUUUUCAGUCACACCCUAGGAAUCAUAUUUGUUUCUACAAACACUCAGAAUUACUAACCUUUUUGGAGAAUAUGCUUAUCUGUAACUAUUAAAAUUUUGUAUUCCA